AGUCAGACUGUUGACAUUCGCUUUGGUGCAAUGCCCAGUCGCCUGAAAAAAAUUCUCUUUUCUGUAGCUUCUGCUGUAAGCUUUAUGUCUGCACUCCUGUUGGCAGUGGCACUGGGGACAAAGCGAUGGGUGACUGGUACCAUUCUGUGCAAAACAGGGGCUGAUAUUGUAAAUGCUACAGAUCCAGAACUGGCAAAGUUUAUUGGACACAUUUACUAUGGGCUAUUCCAAGGAGGAAAGAUCCGACAGUGUGGCCUUGGAGGACGGACUUCCAAAAUUUUAAUUUUUCCACAGUUGGUGAAAACGCUGCAUGCAGCAGUUCAUAUGUUGGUUAUACUUUUUCUCUGCUUCGCCAUUGCAUUUGCUUUGGUCAGUUUUGGGUUUUGUAUUUAUAAUGCUGUGAAGAUCCCAUACCAAACGAUAAAGGGGCCAAUGGGAAUUUACCUCUGGAACCUGAUAGCAAGUGGAUGUGGAGUGUUUGCAGUUGUUUGUUUUAUUGCAGCUGUGAAGAUCCAUCGCCAUACAGAACGAAUUGCCAAUUUUCGGGAAAAUGUUUUUAAAUUUGUCAUCUUUCAGGAGUGCUUCGACUUCUCCUUUUGGCUGUGUGUGGCGAGUGCUGCUGUGCAUGUUGUAAACCUGCUACUGGUACGUGUUAGCGGAGUGCAAUUCCCUACGUUAAAGACCAAAACAGAGGAAGCAAAUGUCACACCCGAAGAUAUAAUGUACUAAGCUACCAAAAGUUACAUUUAUCACAUGGAGACGCAUUUAUGGAAAUAUCACUACAAUUAUCUACCUUCUGGGAAUCAUAUUCAUUUUAUUUGUACAAUGAGAAAGAGUGGGCAAAAUAUUCUUGUGAUUAACAGUUAAAGUGACUAUUUACCAAAUUUGUGGUACUAAUGGAAAAAUAUCUUGUAAAUGACUAUAUAUCAUUGCAUUAUUUCUGAACAUGUAUAAAAGAUUUAUUUUCUUCAUUUAAUACCAUACUUUAUUGAUAUCAAAUAAAUGAUUUGCUUUGUUUCUUUUUAAAUGCUAUUUUAUGGUCCAGCUGAAUACAUGGCAGUACAGAUCAUAAUUUUUAACUCUCUCAAUACCAACGUUUAACAUUUUGGAUUCUCAGUAGUUGUUAGUAUUCAGAAGGAGAUAUGAAUAUUGCAGUGUUCCACAACAAAGUCCUACCUAAAUAAAAUCUGUGCCAU